CCUAACGUUUGUCUUCGCUCGAGGGUUAAAAGGAUGGUCCAUCAGAGAGCAGUAACCCAAACGACUUUCCCAUCAGAAACAGCCUCGCCGCGAACCUCUGCUCUCCGUGCAACGCGCACACAUUCGCAUCCCAUAGCGGAUCUUGAAGGCGCGUUUCAUGCUUUUAUGAAGGGCGACUGUGUGGUUAUGCGUGCUUCGUGUCUCGACUCCUCGGUGUUGCAGCACCGCGCCCGGACGGAAAUGUGUCUUCCGGGGAAAAGCUGCUUCCAGCCAACGAAACACCGAGCACAACACGCCACUGCAUCUGCACAUCUGCAGCUUUCUUCAGCAGCCCGUGCCUUUCCAAGAACGCUUACGGUUUGAGACUCGUAUCUAUGGCCAGACGAUACAACCUGUGUCUCAGCGGACGGUACAAGGGCUGGGGGAAAUCUGAUAGAGGGCCGUAGGAGCUGAAACUCCAGAUUUUGCUAUUUCAUUCUGAUCUUAUAGUGCAGUCAUUCAUGGAUGUGCACGCAGAGGCGUGCACGCCGCACGUGCACACGGUGGAUGAGCCACCGGGAGGCGCCACGGUCACUGUCACCACCGCACAGUUUCAGGUCCGAUCGGUACCGGGGUGUGAUGAAGGGGAAGGUGAGCUGAAGUCGGGCGCUGAAGCCCAAACACCUGCCGCGGUUGAUCCGAUCACAGAGAUCGAGAGCGAGGAUGGUGCGCGUGAAGAGGUGGAAAGACAGGCCGAUUGGGAUGCAGGGAAGAGAGCGGGGGAAACCGUGGGGUCCAGCUGCAGCAACGAGAGCUGCAUCCCGACCCCGGGCUGUCGAAUCUGCUUUCAAGGAGCCGAGCAGGGAGAGCUGCUGAGCCCGUGUCGCUGUGCCGGUACCGUCCGGCAUGCCCAUCAGCAGUGUCUGCUCAAGUGGAUUAGUGAAAAAGGUUCUUGGAGCUGUGAACUUUGCAACUACAGAUUCAACAUACUGCCUAUACAUAUCAAACCACCACAACAGUGGCAGUUGGUCACAAUGACUCUGGUGGAAAAGGUUCAGGUCAUUGCAGUGUUCCUGGGUGCCAUAUUUCUGUUGGCUAGUGUGUCAUGGCUGCUGUGGUCAGCACUGAGCCCGGAAGCGCUAUGGCAACGCAGUGACAUCCUGUUUCAAAUCUGUUAUGGCAUGUACGCUGUCAUGGACCUUGUGUGCAUCGGUCUGAUUGUUCAUGAAGGCGGCGCCGUGUACAACGUGCUUAUGCGUUGGCGAGCUGUCAACCUUCUCUGGGACGUUCAGAACUACGAUAAAAGUCGCGACCUGGACAACACACACGGUCCGCAUCGCAACAUGUGGCUGCCUCUCACACACACGCAUACAGUGUCAAACCCACACUCGCAGACCACCCAACUGGAGUCAUCGCCUCGGUGCCCCCUUCAUCUCUUCUCCAUGUGCCUGAACGUGACCUCUGACCUCUCCCCACAGGAGCAAAGCUCAGGCGAGCUUGUUGUUAGAGUCACGUCAGUCUGACCUCAAAUGAACUC